CCUUUUUUCACGCUGUACAGAACCUCUCCUUACAAUCUUCGAUCUCAUUUGAUUGACCCUGUAUACAAAGGGGCACCCAAGUUGUGUGCCCAGGUUCCUCCACCUCUAAGCGUGACCCAUGAACCACGUAAUAAUGAAGGGACUUUUGAAUGUGAAGGGGCUGAUGGUGGUGAGGACUGGAGCCUGGAGUGUCUACGUACUACUCAUUUUGGAGACAACAGGGACUUUCUAUCCCAACCACCUUUACGAGAGACGUCUAAUAACUGUCAAACAGGUGUAUGUGAAAGCCGCCCUUUAUCCUUGACUGAUUUUGGGGAAAGCCUGGAUGAGUGUGAGCAAGCUGAACAAGACUUUGACAAACUGUCCACAGAGCUGACAGAAAUUGAGGAAGUCUCAGAAAAAUCUUCUCUCCCACAGCAGCCUUCAAACAAAGACUUUCUUGAGUCUAUCUCAUCGGGUCCAAGUCUGGAACACAGAUCUGAAAAACAAACUCACUUGGAUGAAGUGUCACGCCGACUGUAUGAAGUCCUGUAUGGAUCCCGUUUUGAGAUAGUAGCUCCAGAUGGUGAGGAUCAGUUGGUAGUGAGUAAGGGACUACUUCAUGACAAGAAAACAACUGGAGAUGUUACAGAUGUUUGCCAGGACUCAAUGUCAGCUGAUCUGAAUGCAAAAUCCAUUCCUGGUGUUGAUCAAUUCCAGAAGAUGUCAACAGUGCUCAAUUCAUCCAGUGCCAUACCUGACAUUACAACUUGUUUAUCUCAUGAAAUGGAAUUGGCCACUACUGUGGGAUCUAUUCAAAAGCCAUAUGGUUCAAACACACAGCACAAAGAGUCUGAUUCUAUUGAUGAUAUGCAAGCUAGUGCCGAACACUUAAAGAAGAAAGAGCAACUCGAAAAGAGAUCUAAGAGCAUGCCUGAAGCGUGUGAAGAUAACACUGCUUCACUUGAAUGUUUGCCAAAUGCAGAUGUUUUCUUAAUGGAGGCCAGAGCCUCUUCGCCCGAGUCCGUUUCAUCAGUCAAUGAGCUGAGUCUUCUGGCACCUGAUUCUCCAGUACCCCAUUUUAGGCCUUUGUCCCCUCUCCCACCACCCUUUAUUCCAGUGAUGUGCAGUCCUGUGUUCCUCACAUCGGAAUCAGAGGAAAGGCCAUUGACUCCAAUGAUUUCCAAUAAGAGGCCAUUUGGACAGCCAGUAUCCCCAGGCAGUGACUAUAGUAGUGAAAGGUCUGUCUCACCUCAGUGGUUAACAUUUGACAUAGAUAACAGAGCAUUAUCACCCGAGUCUGUCAUUUUAGAAACAACUUAUUUACCAUCUGAUGAUCUGUGUGGGACUCCUGAAACCUAUGAGAUUAAGUCAUCGGAAUCUUUAGAGUCCCUCCAUUCGUCCAGCCAAUUUCAGACAGACUCCCCUGUCCCACAGUUCACGCAGUUCACCUCUGCACAUUUUACAUCAUGCAAAUUUCGUUCACCUCAGUCAAAACACUUAUAUUUUGAAGAGAACACAUCUCCAGGAUCCUCAUUCUCAAUGAAAGAGCAUCAACCACUGUUGCUCGAUUCUCCUGUACCUGCAUUCAGUACCAUCAUUCUAGACGCAACUCAUCUAUUUUCAUCAAAUGGAUCCAGCUCUUCAGAGUCUGGAUGCUCAGAACUAGAGCAUAGUUCAGGUUCUUUAGUGUCUUUUGAUCCUGAGGAGAGAGUUUCCUCACCUUCUUCAGGGUUAUCAGCUGAAACAGAUUUGCCUCUGUUUGAUUCCAAGCUCUUUGAUUACAGUCCAACACCCGAAAACAUACUUCCUGUGUCAGUGGAGGUAAUAUCAGAAAGUGAUGAUGAGUGGAUUAGGAUUUCUCUCAAUGAAAGUGCACUUUUAUCAGGCUCAGAGACCAGUUGCAGACCAAUGACACCACAGUCAAAAGAGUUAGACAUGGAUGCACAUCAAUCCAAUCACUCAGUAGUGCCAGAAUCUGGUCCAUCAGAUACGAACCAUGCUGACAAAUAUUAUUCACUUAAGCAAAUGCAAGCAAAGAUUAUUGUGGAAGAACCACAUCCUAAAAGUUUGGAGCUAAAACUUGAAACAGCUAAUGUGAAGAAAGCAAACCUAGACUCCCUGAAACGUGAAGAUGCUAACCCUGAGAGGUAUGACAAUACAAAUGAGUCUCAAAUACUAACGGCUGAUAGUUAUCAGGAGCCAAAAGAACAUUUGCAUUGUUUGCUAAAAGCAGGAAAAUCACAAGAAAACAGGUCCAGUUCUCAAAAACAAAGGAUUGAAAACAUUAAAAAGAAAGGUACAGAUAGAAAUGAUAAGGAAGAGAUAUUUACUAAAACAUCUGAUCUAUAUUCACCAUCUCUAUCUCCAUCACCGGAGCUUGUAUCUGAGAACCUUGGUUUUUUACUGCCAAUUUCUAAAGACAUGUAUGAAGGUCAGCAGUUGCCUGGAAAGGCCUCAGCUUUGGAACUACAGCAACAAUCUUCCCCGCUAGCUCACAGUUCAGCUGUGAAGGCAGAUCAGUGGAAAUUCAUCUCUCACAUUCACGAUCCUCAAUAUGUGACGAAAACCACUGUAACCAAAACAAGCAGGCUUCCAUUUCCAAAGGAAUGUCAUGCAAGUGAGUCAGAAGAGAGUGUUACAGUACUGAGCCAGAGAUCCUUCCCAACUGAUUCUGGAGAAGAGUGUGGACUGACAACGUCAGACAGACCACAAGAUAAAUCAAGACUAGAUUCCUCUCAGUCUGGUACUGUUGAAGAUGGUCAGCAAGCCUCAACAGCUGAUUCACCCAUUUAUCAAUACAUACCUUUACUCUCUGCGCCCCUUCCAGUUCCUCUCAGAACUGUGUCGCCAGAGUGCUUUCCGUCAGAUCCAGGACUAGAGACUGAUUUAGAUGGUUCUGUGCAUUUGGAGUGCCGGGACUCGUCACCUGCUUCCAUGUCGACCGUAAGCAUAAACAGGGCUCUGUCUCCUGACUCACCAGUUCCCCGUUUUGAGUAUUAUUUACCAGAGUCUGGGUUAGGGUCUACAUCAAACUGGUUUUCAUCAUCGAAGAAAGUUUCUUCAGAGUGUAAAUCCGAUUUGUUUGCACCCCUGUUUAUUGAAAGCAAAACUGCAUCCACUGACUCCGGGGAUGAAAACAGCUUGCUGUCACCAGACUCACCCAUUCCAGAUUUUGAACUGGAAGGCCACCUACAAAACCCAUCUGUUUCAUAUGCCUCAGAUCUAGACUGGACAUCCUCCUCUCUAGCUGUGUGCAGUGAGCAGAGAGCAUCAUCCCCUGAUUCACUGCUUUCCAAAGGUGAUUGCGGUGUUGAUUCACCAAUACCAGAUUUCAGUGCAGGGCUUGUUGAAUUUGUUUCUAUUAAUAAGCAACAAUCGUCCAUAUCAGGGAUUACAGAUGUUGAUCAUACAAAAUCAGACUUCAUUUCAGUUGAUUCUCAGCAGAGGUCUGAGUCACCAGAAUCACGAGUAUUUGAGAGCCUACACAAACAACUUGAUCAUGUUGUCAAUAAGGGUCAACCUUUAAAAGUAACAAAAGUACCAGUUUAUAAACUAGUUUACGAUGCUGAACUUUGGAAACUUAUUUCUCAAAUACGGGAUCCUCACUAUGUUGGGGAGACAUUUUUCAGUAAAACUGGGGGUUUGAAGUUUGUUGGAACCAGAACUGAGUGUCUCUCUAAUGAUUCUGAUUUUUCUAAAAGAGAGCCCCCUGCCUUACUGAGGGUAGACACUGCAGAUUUAAAGAGUACGGGACUGGAAGACAGAGAGGGAGCCUCUCAGUUAGAGAGCAGACCUCCAUCUGCCAAAGAACUUCUGUCAAGAGUGGAUUACAGUUCAGUUUGUUUGCAGCCUUUGAAAGGCGUGUACAGAGAUUUGGAAAUUCCCCAGAGAUUCAGAGACCCUGACAACUUUUCUCAGACUAACCCAUCUUCACAGGACUUAACUGUGUCGGAUGAGAAAACUAAAUUAUACUUGUUCAGUAAUUUCACUGAAAACAGACCUGCAUCACCAUGCUCAGCUAUUUCUCUUGAUGAAAAUAGCCCAGUAACACCAGACUCACCGUUUCUGGACUUCCAACCAGUUCAGUCAGAAUUUAUUAGAGAUGGCUGUGGAUUCGAGUCAGAGCCUGCAGCAUUAGAUGUUGUAAUAAAUCAGAGAAGAGAUUCACCUGAGUCUGCUUGUUUUGCUGAUAUAGAAUAUAGGGAUGACUCAGAUACAUCUGACCUUGAUGAGUACCGACCACAAUCACCUGACUCUGUUUCAUCUUAUGGUGCACAAGAAAAAAAUUCACAAAAAUCCCCUUGUAUCAUUGGCAGAGAAUUUGAACGGUUUCCCUCAUUUCUUGGGUUUUGUGCAGGUUUUCCUAAACCAGUUCCAUUUGAUGUUGACGAUGCUUCUUCAGUAAAAUUUUCACCCAACAGUGGAAAGUUGUCAAGCACUCUGCAUUCUUUGAAACCUGAAAUGAAAGACAUACCAUUGUUGGCUGACUCUGAAUCAAAAGGAUUAAUAAAUGAAUUCAAAGGUCUGCCAUUAGAUGCUCCUUUUGCAGAAUUUCGUAAGGUGGCAACAGACUCCAAAAGAACGUGUUCGAAAGAUCAAUUUCCUUCCUCACAGUCAGAUUUAAAAGUAGAACAAAAAUAUAUGACAUUGUUAAAGAAUCAUCCCUCUAACAUUUCAGACCUUGCAGAUUUGCACCUUUCAGAUGUGUCUUUGGAUCUGCUUUUGGACAACAGAGCUGCUACAAAAGACGAACUCAGAGCUCUUUCCCCUGACUCUCCUGUACCUCAGUUCACAGCAGGUCUACAAGAGUCCUUCUUAUCACACUCUGCAUCAAGGUCCACUUCAACUGAAUCUUUGUUUUCAGGCUCUGAAAUGGAAUUAUCUUUCUUAUUGUCGAUGGAAGACCGACCCCAAUCACCAGAUUCCUUACCUUCAAACACUAGAUUCAGGAAUCUUUCUCCUGAUUCUCCAGUCCUCGACUUCAGGCCACAUUUGCUACCUGCUGAAAGUGACCUCAGUGGUCACAGGUCAUGCUCACCAGAGUUGGAUUUUUCAGAUUCAGAACAUGUUCCUUUGAUUUCAGACAUAUUUAUGUUUGAGGACAGAGCAGAAUCCUGCCAAUCUGGCCUGUCGGGUUUGGAAUGUAGAGCUUUGUUCUUGGACUCCCCCAUUCCUUACUGCCCCAUGCCUUUACAUUUUGAAGGACCGGUAAAAGUCCGAUCCACAUCACCAGAAUCUCUGCUUUCUGAAGAAGAUUUAGACCAUUCCGAUUUGUCUUUAGAAUGGCUUUUUGACAACAGAGCUUCAUCUCCUGAUUCAGCUGCUACAAAAGACGAACUCAGAGCUCUUUCCCCUGACUCUCCUGUACCUCAGUUCACAGCAGGUCUACAAGAGUCCUUCUUAUCACACUCUGCAUCAAGGUCCACUUCAACUGAAUCUUUGUUUUCAGGCUCUGAAAUGGAAUUAUCUUUCUUAUUGUCGAUGGAAGAUAGACCCCAAUCACCAGAUUCCUUACCUUCAAACACUAGAUUCAGGAAUCUUUCUCCUGAUUCUCCAGUCCUCGACUUCAGGCCACAUUUGCUACCUGCUGAAAGUGACCUCAGUGGUCACAGGUCAUGCUCACCAGAGUUGGAUUUUUCAGAUUCAGAACAUGUUCCUUUGAUUUCAGACAUAUUUAUGUUUGAGGACAGAGCAGAAUCCUGCCAAUCUGGCCUGUCGGGUUUGGAAUGUAGAGCUUUGUUCUUGGACUCCCCCAUUCCUUACUACCCCAUGCCUUUACAUUUUGAAGGACCGGUAAAAGUCCGAUCCACAUCACCAGAAUCUCUGCUUUCUGAAGAAGAUUUAGACCAUUCCGAUUUGUCUUUAGAAUGGCUUUUUGACAACAGAGCUUCAUCUCCUGAUUCAGCUGCUACAAAAGACGAACUCAGAGCUCUUUCCCCUGACUCUCCUGUACCUCAGUUCACAGCAGGUCUACAAGAGUCCUUCUUAUCACACUCUGCAUCAAGGUCCACUUCAACUGAAUCUUUGUUUUCAGGCUCUGAAAUGGAAUUAUCUUUCUUAUUGUCGAUGGAAGACCGACCCCAAUCACCAGAUUCCUUACCUUCAAACACUAGAUUCAGGAAUCUUUCUCCUGAUUCUCCAGUCCUCGACUUCAGGCCACAUUUGCUACCUGCUGAAAGUGACCUCAGUGGUCACAGGUCAUGCUCACCAGAGUUGGAUUUUUCAGAUUCAGAACAUGUUCCUUUGAUUUCAGACAUAUUUAUGUUUGAGGACAGAGCAGAAUCCUGCCAAUCUGGCCUGUCGGGUUUGGAAUGUAGAGCUUUGUUCUUGGACUCCCCCAUUCCUUACUACCCCAUGCCUUUACAUUUUGAAGGACCGGUAAAAGUCCGAUCCACAUCACCAGAAUCUCUGCUUUCUGAAGAAGAUUUAGACCAUUCCGAUUUGUCUUUAGAAUGGCUUUUUGACAACAGAGCUUCAUCUCCUGAUUCAGCUGCUACAAAAGACGAACUCAGAGCUCUUUCCCCUGACUCUCCUGUACCUCAGUUCACAGCAGGUCUACAAGAGUCCUUCUUAUCACACUCUGCAUCAAGGUCCACUUCAACUGAAUCUUUGUUUUCAGGCUCUGAAAUGGAAUUAUCUUUCUUAUUGUCGAUGGAAGACCGACCCCAAUCACCAGAUUCCUUACCUUCAAACACUAGAUUCAGGAAUCUUUCUCCUGAUUCUCCAGUCCUCGACUUCAGGCCACAUUUGCUACCUGCUGAAAGUGACCUCAGUGGUCACAGGUCAUGCUCACCAGAGUUGGAUUUUUCAGAUUCAGAACAUGUUCCUUUGAUUUCAGACAUAUUUAUGUUUGAGGACAGAGCAGAAUCCUGCCAAUCUGGCCUGUCGGGUUUGGAAUGUAGAGCUUUGUUCUUGGACUCCCCCAUUCCUUACUACCCCAUGCCUUUACAUUUUGAAGGACCGGUAAAAGUCCGAUCCACAUCACCAGAAUCUCUGCUUUCUGAAGAAGAUUUAGACCAUUCCGAUUUGUCUUUAGAAUGGCUUUUUGACAACAGAGCUUCAUCUCCUGAUUCAGCUGCUACAAAAGACGAACUCAGAGCUCUUUCCCCUGACUCUCCUGUACCUCAGUUCACAGCAGGUCUACAAGAGUCCUUCUUAUCACACUCUGCAUCAAGGUCCACUUCAACUGAAUCUUUGUUUUCAGGCUCUGAAAUGGAAUUAUCUUUCUUAUUGUCGAUGGAAGACCGACCCCAAUCACCAGAUUCCUUACCUUCAAACACUAGAUUCAGGAAUCUUUCUCCUGAUUCUCCAGUCCUCGACUUCAGGCCACAUUUGCUACCUGCUGAAAGUGACCUCAGUGGUCACAGGUCAUGCUCACCAGAGUUGGAUUUUUCAGAUUCAGAACAUGUUCCUUUGAUUUCAGACAUAUUUAUGUUUGAGGACAGAGCAGAAUCCUGCCAAUCUGGCCUGUCGGGUUUGGAAUGUAGAGCUUUGUUCUUGGACUCCCCCAUUCCUUACUACCCCAUGCCUUUACAUUUUGAAGGACCGGUAAAAGUCCGAUCCACAUCACCAGAAUCUCUGCUUUCUGAAGAAGAUUUAGACCAUUCCGAUUUGUCUUUAGAAUGGCUUUUUGACAACAGAGCUUCAUCUCCUGAUUCAGCUGCUACAAAAGACGAACUCAGAGCUCUUUCCCCUGACUCUCCUGUACCUCAGUUCACAGCAGGUCUACAAGAGUUCUUCUUAUCACAAUCUGCAUCAAGGUCCACUUCAACUGAAUCUUUGUUUUCAGGCUCUGAAAUGGAAUUAUCUUUCUUAUUGUCGAUGGAAGAUAGACCCCAAUCACCAGAUUCCUUAUCUUCAAACACUAGAUUCAAGAAUCUUUCUCCUGAUUCUCCAGUCCUCGACUUCAGGCUACAUAUGUUACGUGCUGAAAGUGACCUUUGGUCUCACAGGUCAUGCUCACCAGUGGAUGCCCUGCUACUCACCGGCCAUGCUUCACACGCGUUUACUGAAAGUAGACCUUCUUCUCCUGAGUCUUUCCUUUCAGUCCAACAAUACCCUGAUUCUCCUUUACCUGACUUUGUGCAACCACUGUUUGGAAACUCCGUAAGUACUUUUGAAAGUUGGUCAGUAUCAUCUGAGUCAGCAUGUUCAGAUAUUGAAUGCACUGUUCUUAGUCUGGCACCAGGCUUUAAUGAUAGCAGACCCUCAUCACCAGACUCAGGAGCAGAUGCAGAUAAAUACAACACCGUUUUACCUUUCUCACCAAUUCCUCGGUUAAUAGCAGCAGAGUCUGAACAUGAUUUUAUAAAUUUGUGGUAUAGAUCACCUUCCAUUGAAUCUCUUGAAUCAGAUGUUGAGUAUUCUUUAAGUAGGUCUUCAAUGUCCUUGAAAUCUCGUGUUGCUGAUAGGCCAGAUUCACCUAGAUCAGAUGGAUUGAAAGAGAGAGUAGUCCAAGAAAGACGACUCUCUGUACAUUCUAUAGCAGAAUGCAUAACCAUGUCACCUGUGACAUUAAAGGUACUUGAAAAUAUCAGGUCAGUAUCUCCAGAAUCAAUUCCGUCUUUAAGCAAAAAUACAACCCUAUCUCCAGAUUCACCGCUGCCAGGGUUUGUCCAGAAUGUCUAUAAGACUGAUUCCCCCGAGAGGUACUAUAAAAGUAGUUCCACAGAGUCCACAAUACAGCUGUCAGAUUGUGAUGAUUUAUCUCAGUCUUUAGUUCCUUACUGUGGAGAUCAGAGAUCAGUAUCACCAGAUUGUGAUGAACCAGUUGCUGCCAAAUCACAGACAAAAGAAACAAGUUAUAGCACUGUUAUGCCAUUACCAAAUGAUUCUUUCUCAGGUGAUGACUCAGCGGCUACUGUCGCAGAGCACUUUCUAUCAGGUGAUGCUCGGAAGCUGAUAUCCCAAGUAUGUGACCCUCAGUAUGCAGGAGAAACCUUCAACAGAAAAACCAGAAUUAUGCAGAUCUAUGACAGCAGACUCGAGUUUCAGAGGAAUGUUCUACAUUAUGAACAAAAUAACAAUGCAAGACGUAAAGAGGACAACACUGCCACAGUCACAGUAACCAGUAGUAUACAGAUGCCUGAGCCACGUCCACCAAUGAUUGAAGACAACUUAGACUCAGAAGCAGUUCUUUAUAGGCAAGAUAUACACUCAUUGGAAGUUCUUGAUCUUAACAUGGAGAUUGACAACAUUUUGGUGGACCCAUCAGUAAACACCACUGACCAUCUUUGUAGAUCUACAUCACCUUUCCCCACCACACCAGAAUCAGAUACAAGUAACAAUAAAAUGAAUUUGGAAUCAGGUGAUGUUGAAUUUCCUUCAUCAUCUACAUCCUCUGCCCUUUCUGAAUCUGAAGAUUUGAAUGAGAGGAAGAGGUCAUCGUCACUUCAGUCACUGCUUGAGUAUACACCAAUGUCAUUAGAAAUAAGCAUCAUUCUGGAUGAAGAAAGAGGAUCAUCUCCAAACUCUUUGUCUGAGUUCAACGAGAACAGGUCACUCUCUCCAGACUCUCCUGUCCCUCAGUUUGUACCAGAACUAGUGGAAUACUCUUCUAUACCUCUGUCAUCAUCACUAGAAUCACUGCGUUCAGAUUUAGAAGAUGAGCCCUUAGUCACAAUGUCAACAUUUGCUGAGAUUGACAGACCAUCUUCCCCUGAAUCCAUAUCAUCUGUCAUUAAAUUCCAAAGACUCCUACCAGACUCACCUGUGCCCACAUUCACGUGGGGUUCUUCUUGUUUUAUGGAUGGAACUUCAAAUGACAUGUCGUCCUCAUCAGUUUCACUGUCAUCAGAUUCUAAAUUCAUUGCUUUCCCAACUGAUUGCUGGAUCAAUGAUAGUCCAAGACCUCCAAGUCCUGAAAGCGUUGAAUCUGAACAAGAUCUUGACUUUAGCCAUGAUAGUUCUGAUAAGUUAGUAGGUCUGGUACCCUGUCAUGAGAGAAGAGAAUAUUUUAGCUCUGACUGGCAACAUAUCAAGGAGUCACAACUGAAAAACUUACCAGAGGACUAUUCACUAGCAGAGACCAAAGAUCUCUCUAGGAUUCAAACCACUAGUUUUGAGGAGGACAGAAAACAAGAGUCAUCACCACAUAACUGUGUAAAGGAAGAGAGGAUCCUAGAUGUCAGUCUUGGACAACUGAAGAAAAACCCAGCUUCUCGAAUGGCUACUUCUGGGGAAACAGACUUUCAAACAGAGGAUGAUUGGCAAAGCGUCCUGUUGUCUGCUAGAACGCCAACACCAGUUCUCUUCCCGCUGGACCACGCUUUGUAUUGCACUCACCGAACUGUCACUCCAGUUUUACCAACAAAUGUGGGGGCUCUGAGAUACCCAGAGUGGGGGCUGUCCCUAGAGGAAGCACAGGCAACUAAGGUUUUUUCACCCGAAUCAGCUCAGUCUUUGCUAACAUUAGAUGAAAUAUUUACAGAACAUCAAAAUCUAGAGGUUUGUGACUGGAUUCCAACUUUGGUGGAUGAAGUAAGUUCAGUUUCUCCACAGUUUAGAGACUCCAAUUUGGCUCAGGUUGAUACACGCACUAUGAGUCAUUGGGAAACUUUUGAAGAUUUAGAGUUUUCUCCAGGCUUCAAAAUGGAGUUUGAGACGACACUCCCUCAGUUUGAACCCAAUCAACCAAGAAUCUCUCUGAAGGAACAAAGGAAAAGAUCUCAGUCUCCUCAACAAUCUGACUCAGACUUGGAGUUCUAUGAAUGCAGGCAGGAUUUCUCUGAACCAGAUGAAAUGAAGUUGGAGCCCGCCAUUGCCUAUCAUGUCUUUGAACCAGCAUCCCCAACACCAAAGAAGAAUCCUGAUCCCAGCUCUGUGAAAUCAAGCUUUCAAGCUAUUUCCCAGUUUGAGGGUUACAAAAGCUUCUCUGGCAGUAAACCCAUUGAUGAACGUCUUUAUGGUUCAGAGGGCUCAUGGGAGUCUCCCACAGAGGGGGGGCUGCCCCUGUGUGAGGAGCUUCCUUCUAGGGAUCAGGCGGGGUUUUAUGAUGAUGCUGAUGACGACUUCUUUGAAAGGGAGAUAGCAGAAGAGCUGUUGUCUGACAGCUCAGAGGAGGAAGUGCUGACCACCAGGGUGGUCCGUCGCAGAGUAAUUAUUCAGGGGGAUGACCUGCCAGACAUUCCACCACAGACCGUCACAGAGGAGAAGUACACGGACGAACACGGCAACAUGGUCGUCAAGAAGAUCACACGGAAGGUGAUCCGUAAGUACGUAUCCCCGGACGGCCUGGAGACGCAGGAAGUGACCAUGGAGGGCUCCCAGCAGGAGGCGCUGCAGAUGGAGGAGGGAGACGCUUUGUCCCGGGUGGUGAAGAGGACAGUGAUCCACAGUAAAGGAGAGCAAAAGGAGCUGACCUGUGGCUCAGCCAAAGCAUCGGAGUUUGAGGCGGAGCCUGUCCAGGGCCGAAAGGUCAGCAAGGUCAUCAAGACGACGGUGGUGAGAGGGGAGAGGACGGAGAAGCAGAGCGGAGACCCCCUACUGUCUGCAGAUCUUCCUUCUGCAAGAGAGGACUUCCAGAAGAAGCCGGAUGCAUAAGUCUCACACCCAGAAGAGGACGGUGGUGAGGGACGCACACGGGACGCACCUGCACCUGGAACGCCUGGAAGACACCCCAGAGGCCCUGGAGCCGGACGCCCUGCAGCAGCACCUGAACACGCUGCUGCGACGCUACUGUCAGGACGCACAGGAGGACGAUGAAGAGCGCCGGGAGGAGGAGGAGGAGGAGGGGACAGACUGAACAGCUUCUCCUACUGGUCCUUUCCUGAAAUCCGGCUCCUCUGAUCCUAAUAGACCAGAAAGACUCCCCCUUCUGGUCUGACUGAUCAUUACAACCACACCGUUGUCUUUACUUCUGGAUGAAAGAGAAACAAAAGCAGAAAUUCUUCAGCAAAGACUCUUCAGCUGCUCGGACGGUGACCAAAGAAAGCAUCUGUUGAUCCUGGCGUUUGGGACAAAGACAUGAAUCUCAUGGAAAAGCAGCUUCCUUUGCCUUCUGCAUGAGCUCCUUCUUGCUUGUAAAGUUUGUACAUAGAGAGAAAUGCUGGGACUGGAUAGUGGGGGGGGCAUUUAACUUAUUAGCCCACCUGAUGUUGCUGUUCCUGCACCAACCUAGCUGCAGGAAGACCGACAGACCCACCAGAGACAUGAAAGUGUGAUUUGAUGUAGAUGAUGGACCCGUGUCCUUCACAUCAUUGUGUCGGUGCUGCCGCCUCUGCAUGUGUAAAUACGGUGUGUCUGACCUUUUCACCUCAGUUUCCACGCGUGUGCACGUCCAUGAAGCCUUCCAGAGGUCCGCACUGCUGGAUCUUUGUGUCUGCAAAUGCUUUAAGAACCGCAUAAAAGCUGGAGGCCGCCUGAGCGCGUCCAGAGCUUCACCAAAGCGGCGUUCCCGCAUCAGCAGCUUCCUUUAGCAGGACGGCAGCUCAUACCUACCAAAAACCACCACUAGGUGGCAGCAUCGCUCACAAAAACCUUUACUUACAUUUCAAAGGCCAACAGCAAAGUCACAAACACUCAAAUCACUUCCAAACACCAAACUAGAAACUCAUCAGGGGCUCCUCCCCGGUCACCAUAGCAACCACUGGAGAGAUGAGAUCAUGGGAAGGUUCUCUGCCCGGGUAGCUGUAAAAAUGGAACACAUUUGUCUUUCAAAGUGGACUGUGAUACAUUUUUUCUGCCUUGUAAACCACUAAAGUCCAACUAGGUCUCCUGAGGAACCAGAAAGAACCUUUACUGUAGUGAAGUAGCUCACCCCUCCUUCUGAGUGCAGGUGAGGGAUUUGAACACCGUCGUUUUUUCACACAUGAAGACGUUUCUAUGGGAGUUUGAAUCCAUGAAAGGCGUCUGCUUAGGUUGUGUGUUUAACCACACUUGUAGUAGAAGGUGAUGUGUUGGAGCUGUGGUCCGGUCCGGUCCGGUCUGGUCUGGUCUAGUCUGGUCUGGUCCAGUCCGGUCCAGUCCGGUCCGGUCCGUGUGCUCACAGUAUUUGUUGAGAUCAAAUAUAACCCGUCUCUGAUUUUUGUUUUUCCACGUUUUGUUUGGGUUGAACAGAUCUUCUUCACUUCCUCAUACGAUUCCCAUCCAUCCUUUGUUUCCAGCCGUCGGUGACCCGUGGACAGUCCAGCUGAGGAUUGUGGGUAGUUGACUGUGUGGUAAAGUCUUCCUGCUCAGUUGCAGCGUGUUUUUUCUGAAAGCUGGCUGUGAGGAAGGGUUUGGUGUCCGUUCAGUGUGAUUUAAUAAAAGAAUAAAAUUCCAGUGUGACAUCCA